ACUGAAGUGCACCCCGUGUCGCAGCAGUAUAACUAUGUGUAUGUCAGGUAUAUUGCUCCAUCGGGGGCUUGCUUACUGAAGUAUGACUACAGACGUUGCUGUCGUUGGGGCCGGUGUGAUAGGACUGUCCACUGCAAUCAACGUGCAGACGACAAUUCCCGGUGCACGAGUCACGGUGAUUGCCGACAAAUUGUACGAGGGUACGACAAGUUAUGGGAGUGGCGGAAUGUUUAUACCAUCUAUCACGUCUCUCCCUAAUGAAUCCAUCGAAGAUCUCAGAAACUGGUGUCGAGAAUCUUGGAAUUUUUACCGGAAGUUAUCAUUGAGCCCGGAAGCCAGUGAAAUCGGAACAAUCAUAAUGAGUGGAUAUGAUCUAGUUGAUCAAAAAUUACAUCCAAAGGAUCCCCUGUACAAAGAGUUUGUAUUCAGCACUGAAGAACUAUCAAGGUCAGAACUUACAGAUUUAGGAUUUCAGCAAUUCAGAACCGGAUUCCGUGUCACUACUAUUAUCAUUUUCAUGAGGAAAUAUUUAAUCUGGCUUCGAAAAAGAUUUGAAGAAAAUGGCGGGAAAAUUGAGAAAAGACAUCUUAACAGUCUUGGGGAGCUUUCAGGCCAAUACGACAUAGUGAUGAACUGUUGCGGACCAAGUAGCGCGCAGUUGGUUAAUGACAAUCGAGCGUAUCCGGUCAGGGGACACAUUGUCAGGGUACGGGCACCUUGGAUAAAGCAUUGGUUUCUCACAGAUGGCCAUUCUUACAUUAUACCCGGGGAGGAUCUUGUUAGACUAGGGGGAGUAAAACAAGUCGGGAACACAAGCUUGGAAGUAGACCCGCGUGAUACGAAGGCAAUUAUGGAGGGCGUAGAAAAAUUGUGUCCUAACAUUAAAGGAGCAGUCGUGGAAAGCGAGUGGGUUGGAUUGAGACCUGGAAGGGACAGAGUUCGACUUGAACCGGAAAUUAUGCAUUUUGGAGGUAAACGACUUCCGGUUGUUCACAAUUACGGACAUAGCUCACAGGGAAUUGGUUUGUCAUGGGGCACAUCUGUUUAUGCCGCCAGACUUGCGGCAGAUAUUCUUAAAUCAGGAGCAAAACUGUGAAGAAUUUUUACAUUCGUAGUUUUAGCUUGUUAAUGGAUAUGUACGAUGAUGGUUUGAUAUUAAAUUAUUUAUGAUAGCUUUU